AUUGGAUGCUUCAAAAACACAAUCUCGAAAAAAUGUGUCAUCGGCAUGGGACAUGGAUGUGUCACACUGCAGUCACACAGAACGGGGAAUCGAUGCAAAUUGCACCCUUUUUCAUUACCUGCACCGAUCAUCGAUUUGUUUCCCUUUAGCUUCUCUUCUUCUUCCCCGUUUCAACUGAUAUUAUGUCGAACAAUCGUGUGUUAAAUUUUGGUGCAGGCCCCGCGAAAAUCCCACAGAGCGUGCUGAAAAAGGCUCAAGACGAGCUGCUUGACUUUGAUCAUACUGGCAUGUCCAUUCUGGAAAUCUCGCACCGUACCAAACCGUUUGCCAAUGUCAUGGCGCGAACCAAAGAGAGUCUGCGUCAGCUGCUGGACAUUCCCGACAAUUACGACAUUCUGUUCAUGCAGGGUGGAGCUUCAACACAGUUUGCGGCCGUCUUUUAUAACUUGUUGGCCGCCAAGCAGGAAGAGCUGAGAAAAUUAGGUAGAGAAAAAGAAACGAUCGUCGUGGAUUAUUUCGUCACCGGUACAUGGUCCGCUCGUGCAGCCGUGGAAGCGGAACGCUUAGCAGCCACCGUGAGUCAACCGGUGCAUGUCAAUCGCGUGGUGGAUGUAAAGCAGCAGACUGGUCAAUUCGGCAGCAUCCCUUCCACGUGGAAUUUAACCGAUCCCGCAAAAAAUAAUGUGGCUUAUGUGUAUUACUGCGAUAACGAAACCAUUCACGGUGUGGAGUUCCCCCAACGACCGGAAAUCGAUCCUUCGGUGCCCUUGGUAGCUGACAUCUCGAGCAAUUUCUUGAGUCGACCGAUGGAUGUCAGCAAGCACGGUGUUAUUUAUGGCGGCGCUCAAAAGAACUUGGGACCUGCUGGUGUAUCCAUUAUCAUCAUUCGUAAAGAUUUAUUGACGGAUUUGUCGCUGGGUCCGGUGCGUCCACUCAUGCUGGAUUAUGCGACCAUGGCCAAGCACGAUUCGAUGUACAAUACACCACCGACAUUUGCUAUCUAUAUCGUGGGGUUGACUUUGGAAUGGCUGCUGGAGCAAGGAGGCUUGAGCGGCAUCGAGGAGGCCAAUGCGCGCAAAGCCAAAAAAUUGUACGACGUGAUUGAACAGAGCAAGAUUUAUACCUCGCCCGUGCAAGCAGGCUGUCGAAGCCGAAUGAAUGUUGUUUUUCGUUUAACGGAAGCAUUGGAGAAAGAAUUCCUUGCAGGAGCCGAAGCGCGUAAUAUGGUACAGCUUAAGGGACAUCGUUCCGUUGGUGGUGUCCGUGCCUCCAUUUACAAUGCAACACCGGAAGAGGAUGUCGAUAUCCUGAUCGAUUACAUGAAGGAAUUUGAAAAAGAACAUACAAAAUAGUUUGUACGGUUGUUGUAAUAAUAGUAAUAUUGUAUCAUUCGAGUUUUUUCUUGGUUUAUUUCUUUUGGACGCGUAUGUACGAUGCAUGAACACGGUAGAAAAAAAAAGUAGACACUAGAGUAGAGUACAUAGUAUGUGCAGCAGUUUUUCAGUUAUCGAGACUGAUUCUGGAUGAG